AUGGCUGACUAUAGCUAUUUCGAUAGCAAGAAGGGAACGAAAGCAACCCCGUAUGGAAGAGGUGUAGGUAGAGGUGGAGAGUUCCAUACAACCGGCUUGAAAAACAUCGACGUACUUGCUGAUGCGGAUGAGGUAGGGUUACAGAAGACCGAGGAGAAGGAACAAGAAAAAUCAAAGGCAAAGCCAGUGUCCCAUGGCGAAUUCUACAUGAGGACUAUAAAUGAAGCUAAGCAGGGCGGUCAGGAUCUCGUACCACGAAAGAAGCGGGAGGGAAACGCGAUAGUCGGACUCACAGCCGCACAGCUCGAGGGAGCCCAGCGAGCACUAAGUCAAGUCCACGUCAACGAAGCCGAGAAACUACGCCAGGACAAGGACACAGCGAUACGCAAGGCACAAGAAGCACGUCUCCUUGCCACGCUUCCCUCAACGCUACCCAUCGACAUAAACAACAAGCCCAAUCCAACUAACAACCCAGUCUUCUACAAAGCACCGCACGUUCUCGUUGGCAGUGUUCCUGGUGUCCCCUACCCCGUCUCCGACACGUUUACCCGAUGUAGCAACUGCACUCGCGACCAGCAUUGCCCCCGUCAUCGUUCCCGCUACCUCUUCAAAACAGACAUAUCUCUGUGCACGGGGAACCACGCUCGACUCGCGCUCCAUUGGGACGUCAGCGACCCUACCAACAGCAAAGGUCGUUGGAGCGUGGAAGUGAAAUCUUAUUUCGAGCGUUACGCAAACGGUCACGAAGAGCACGAGCAUUGCAAGGAAGUAUUCGAUCCUGCGCGUCGUGUUCCCCAGCUAGCGAAGCGCGUAAUCGAUGACAUUGAGGAUCAUCAGAGGGAAGAGAGGAGACGCGCGAUGCGGGGUGCUAGGGGGAGGGAGUUUCUGCUCAAUGAGGGGAGGUAUGGUGGGUGGGGGUCUGUGACGCCGUUUGAGUACCGGGGUCGAGAUGGGGAGGUGGGGUCGCGAAAGAGAGUUGAGCGGGAGAUUGGGACGUUGUUGAGCUUUUGGUUGGGGGAAAAGAGAUGGCAGGGUAUGAGUGAGGAGGAACGGAGGGCGGUGAAGGAUAGAUCUGUUGAGAAGGAAUGGACGGUUGAUGAGUGGAAGAAGACUGUUCAUACGGCGACGAGAGUGCAGGGUGUUGAUGGGGAGGUGGAGGGGAAAGAAGGGUCGCGGCAUGUUGAGCUAGGGAAAUGGGAAUCCGGCGAUGAUGGGGCACUAAAGGGUCGUAGGGCUGAGAAGCGAGAUGAGCGAACGAUGGAGGUGUCCGAAUCGAAGUCGAGGCCUGGCGAACAGGGACCGCUGGACUUGGAGGAUAGAGCCGGAUCAGGCGAUGAGACGACGACGGCUGUUGAAGAGGUACUGAAGCCGAAAAAGAAAGAGCUCUCCAAAGAAGAGCAGAAGAUGUUGAAAAGCAUCCGCCACGCAGAGGAGAAAGAAGCUCAGAAGACCGCCGAAGAGGAGCACAUCGCUGAGAUGCAAGCAGAUGAAGAACAUUCCCCUUCUCCAUUACUACAAGAAGGGGAAGACGAAGAAGACGUACAAGAAGAAAUACGCUCAUCCUCAAAUACGCGCGAAUCUCACGACGGCGCAACACCUUCUCCAAAGAAAACCCCGGCCAAGAAAACAAACUCGAAUACUGGUAGGAAGAAAAGCAAACGCGUAAAUAAGCUUCCAGAACGCAUCGACGACAGCGACGAGAUGGCGGAUUACUCCCUCCCGGGGUCCCCUGCAGCGAAAGAUACGGUAGAAGAGGGGGUGGGGGAGCAUGUGGAUCUCGAGGGCGGACAUCGAAUGGGGUGGGAGGCGUACGAAACAGCGAAGGUGGAGGAGAUUCAAGAGGAAGCGGAGGAGUUCGUGGAGGAGGGCGAGAUCGUCGAAAAUAGUGAUGAGGACGUUGUUGAAGUUACCGAGACUGUCGAAAUCAUCGAAACCACACGGACUACUGUUGCCGUAGGACAGCACGCUCAGGUGGAAGUUCAAGACGAAAACUUGCAUGGGCUAUCCCCUACUGCGAACCGCUCGUCCACUUCCUCCCCGCUUGGCAAGCGCAAACGAUCUUCGUCUGAGGAGGGCGAUCGCCAGAAAUCAGUGUCUUCCUCUCCACCGAAGAAACGCAAAUCUUCCCCGGAAUCGAGUCCACCACAGAAAGAUUUGGCAUCUCCUUCUGAGUCUGCUACGUCGCCGCCGACGUCUCCACUUGUGUCGUCUGGGAAACGGAAGUUUGUUGAUGAGGAUGAGGAUGAGGAUGAGGGUGAAGUGGAGAGUAGGAAAGUAAAGAAGGUAAGAUCUAAUUCAGAAGCUAGUAGUAUUUCGUCGACGGAGAUUCAAAUUUUCGAGGAUGGCUCUCCCAAGGAGAGUGGUGGGGUGAUGGAAAGGGAUGAGGAGAUUGAAAGUGAAAAUGAGGAGUCUGAUGAUGGUCUUGAUGACCUGUUUGAAGAGUAG